AUGGAUGCCGAAAAAGCAUCUAUUGACGGUUCAACGCCGGCCGCAAGCAACCCUGAGUUACAACAUGGGAAUGAGGAUAAUUUAUCAUAUCAUGGCGACAUGGAUGUCGAGAAAGGAGUUGCGACAGCAACAGAGCUACAGAAAGAAUCAUUUCAAGACCCUAAUAUCGUCGACUGGGAUGGUCCCAAUGACCCAGAAAACCCUCUGAACUGGACAAAAAGGAAGAAGGUCAACGCGACAGUCUCGAUCGCCUUGAUCACCCUCCUGACACCUCUAGGCUCGUCAAUGUUUGCCCCUGGAAUUGGGGAAUUGGCCGUCAAAUUUCACCUGACAAGCACAGCGAUCGAAUCUUUCGUGGUCUCCGUUUAUCUCCUUGGAUACUGCUUUGGACCUCUCCUCAUUGCCCCACUGUCAGAAAUGUACGGUCGACGGAUCAUGUACAAUGCCUGUAAUAUCCUCUAUGUGAUUUUCACCAUCGCAUGCGCAGUCGCUCCCGAAAUCGGCAGCUUGAUUGUUUUUCGUUUUUUUGCAGGCUUUGCGGGAAGCUGUCCCUUGACGAUCGGCGCUGGUUCGAUUGCGGAUAUGUUUGUGCAAGAAAGUAGAGGAAGUGCAUUGGCUGCUUGGGCUAUCGGUCCGUUGAUUGGACCAGUCAUUGGCCCUAUUGCGGGUGGAUUUCUCACACAAGCAAAAGGCUGGCGGUGGACAUUCUGGGUUCUUGCUAUGGCUAGCGGAGCUGUGAGCAUCUGUUCUAUGCUUACCAUUCGAGAAUCAUACCCGCCCACGCUCUUGGCUUGGAAAACAAAGAGGCUACAGAAGGAGACCGGGAACCCUAACUUACGAUCCAAGCUCGACUCCGGUAUGAGUCCGAAGCAUUUAUUCCUCCACACGAUUGUUCGACCCACCAAAAUGCUUUUUCUUUCGCCAAUUGUCCUCCUCUUGUCCAUCUACGUCGCUCUUGUCUACGGAUACCUUUAUCUGCUAUUUACAACAAUAAGUUCAGUCUUUGAGGGCCAAUACGGUUUUACUCAGGGCACAGUGGGACUCUCGUACCUCGGCAUUGGAAUUGGCUCAGUCAUUGGUCUAGGAGUACUAGGCGCAACUUCCGACCGUUUACUCAAAUAUCUCACAAACAAGAACGGGGGAGCUUCAAAGCCCGAAUAUCGUUUGCCGCCUAUGAUACCUGGGUCCUUGUUUGUUCCAGUCUCAUUGUUCAUUUACGGAUGGACGGCUUAUUAUAAAGUUCACUGGAUAGUACCCAUAAUCGGCACAUCAUUUCUCGGAGUCGGAAUGCUAAUGGCAUUCAUGACCGUCAGUACAUAUCUUGUCGACGCGUUCACGAUUUAUGCCGCCUCUGCCAUGGCAGCGAACACUGUUCUGCGGUCCCUAGUCGGGGCUUUGCUGCCGCUCGCCGGGCCAGCUAUGUACGAGAGUCUGGGACUUGGCUGGGGUAACUCAUUGCUCGGCUUCAUUGCUUUAGCAAUGUGUCCACUACCCGUCAUAUUCUAUGUAUACGGCGAACGCAUCAGAACGAGCAAGAUGUUCAGAGUUGAGUUUUAG